UUAACGCUCUACUAACUUUCCCUUCCUUAAUCAUUCUCCUAAACUUAUUACGGGCUAACCCUUUUAGUUUCUUAUAUAGCUAAUCUCAUAUUUAAAGUCAGAUCACCGUUUUAUUCACUCAGUGUCUUUGACCCCUAGCAACUAUCUCUUCUUCAAAUUCAAACUCCAGUGUUCUUUCGCUAUUUUUUUCAAUUUUAAUCUUACAUUUGUGGUUACUGUUACCGUUUAUUCACUUAGUUUGAUAUUAAGAAGUGGAAUUCAGUUAGUUUCGGUUUGAUCUUUUUGUAAUCAUGAGGUUUCUUUAGGACAAUGAUCAACGUUAUUUGCCUUUUUCUUAAGAAAAAUCAAGUGUCAAAAGUGUAUAUUUCUGAAUAUACAAGAUAUUUAGUAGAUUAUAAAUAUCUUGUGUCGCAGUAACAAGAGUUAAUUACGCAAAUGGGAAGUUCAUGUUUACCUCCAGGAUUCAGAUUUCAUCCAACAGAUCAAGAGCUUAUAGGCUAUUACUUAACUAGAAAAGUGGAAGGUCUCGAGAUCGAGCUUGAAGUAAUUCCUGUUAUUGAUUUAUACAAAUUCGAUCCUUGGGAGUUGCCAGAUCAAUCUUUCCUUCCUAAUAGAGACAUGGAAUGGUUUUUUUUCUGUCCAAAGGACAAAAAAUAUCCAAACGGUUUACGAUCUAAUAGAGCUACAAAAACUGGUUAUUGGAAACCAACUGGCAAAGACCGGAAAAUUACAUGUAGAUCGUCGGGUGUCUUAACCGGCUACCGGAAAACACUAGUUUUCUAUGAAGGUCGUGCCCCAUUAGGUGCUAGAACUAACUGGUUUAUGCAUGAAUAUCGUCUAAACGAUGACAAUCUUUCUCAAAAAUCACCAAAUUUCAAGGGAGCUUUCGCGUUAUGUCGCGUAGUCAAAAAGAGCCAACUUAAGACCAAAACUUUGAAAAAUAAAGAUGAACAAGCUAUUAGCUCUGGUUGCUCUAGCCUUGCGACUUCUCCAUGUCGCGAUGAAACGACGCAACUUCAAUCAUUCAAGCCUUAUUCAACUACAAACAAAUCUUCUACUAGCAUUUGGCAAUCUACUGAUUUCAUCCUUGAUUCCUCCAAGGAUUAUCCUCAUACUCAGGAGGGUGUUUCUGAAUUUUCCAAUUUACAUUUUCCAGUAAAUAAGGCCAACCACCACGUGGGAUUUCCCGAGAGUUCUUCUUAUUUGAACGUUGAUCAGGACAUUGACCAAUCAAUGCCGACCGGAUAUUGGCCAAAUUAUGAAUACGACCAAACCGGCUCAUUCGCCUACUCAAACCUUUUCUAGGUAGAAGGAAGUGUGUGGGGGUCUUUCUUCUGAACAGAAACGCCUUUUAACGUUGGAGUCCUGGACGAAGAGUUGUCAUAAAGUUGGAUUUGGAAGUCGCUUUGCAUUUUAUUUGUAGAGAAUAAUUAUAUGGUUGCUUUUGAGUUUGGUUUUCAUAUUACUAAUGAAUACAUAUUGUAUGCUGUGGAAUAACUAUUUUAAUUUACUAAUUGGUAUAGCUUUAAUGAUUA